AUGUAACAGGAAAGCAUAUACAACUUAAUUCCAAAGGAGUAUGUCCCUCCACCCAAGGAGCCCAUGUAUAGAUCUGCAUAUCCUUCGAAUCUUGUUCCUACUGGCAGCACUUUUAAUAACCACACAACAAGCAGACCAAAAGUACUUUUGUCGGUUAUCUUUUAAGAUUAACAAUAUCAAUGGAGAAUUUGAAUUAGUGAAAGGUCCUCAUUCUCACAAAGGAUAAUCGAAUUCCUUGGGUAGACCAAAAGGUAAUUUGAAUAUGAUGAUGAGAUAGGCUCAUAUAAACCUGAUACAACUAUGUUCAGAUUGAAGAACACUGGAACCAUGGGAUCAAACUAAUUACCUGAGAGUAUCAAAGCAUCAUUAAAAUUUAGUUCAAACUUAUAAAUAUCCACCUUCUGUCAAACCAUAAGUCCCAAAAAAGGAUGAGAAACCAAUACAUGGUUUGAAAUCAAAUANUAAUACUUAGGUAAGAUAUGUACUACGCUAGCUCCAGUUUCUUUUAAGCUAACAAGAUUGCUGUCAUAUUUAUUCGAAUUGAGGACAGAAACAUAGGAAAAAGCAAUUAUCAUUAAUCCAUAAAUCUGA